UGUGCAGGGUUACGCCCCCCUCUUCAUAGGCCAUCAGGCCUCCGGCUAAAAAUUAUAUUUUAUUUUUACCAAAUCCGAUAAUUAAUCAAGUAGUACUUAUGAGUUUAUUUGGGUCUAGUACUUUUAGCAUUUAGUUGAAAGUUGCCACGAAGCGCUGACCAUUUUUUUCAUCUUUGUGUGUCACGAUUUUAUCCUAAAUAAAUUUAAUCGUGAUGGAGUCGAGCAGCGAAACGAUCAAGGUUGGAUCAAGGAAAAGCGAACUGGCAUUGAUACAGACUAACAGCGUGAUAGAAGCCUUAAAGAAACACUACCCACAAAUGAACUUUGAAAUAGUGAAGAUGAAUACGACUGGAGACAAAAUUCUGGACAAGCCACUGCCAAAGAUUGGGGAAAAGAGUUUAUUUACAAAAGAACUGGAGAUCGCACUUGAUGAUAAAUCAGUAGAUUUUGUUGUGCACUCUUUAAAAGACUUGCCCACCACGCUACCAACCAAUCUGGCCAUUGGUGGAAUUUGCAAGAGGGAGGAUCCGAGAGACGCCGUUGUUAUUCACUCCAAAUUAGAAGCAACCUCCCUCUCGACCCUUUCAAAAAGUAGUGUUAUAGGUACCAGCUCGCUUCGGAGAGUUGCACAGUUGCGUCAGCACUAUCCUCACCUGGACGUCCAAAGUAUAAGAGGCAACUUAAACACCCGCCUCAGCAAACUGGAAAAUUCCGUUGUUGUCGAAAGUAACGAAGAGACAAGCAACGGCACAAAUCCUUUGAAGUACUCGGCCAUAAUAUUGGCAGUGGCUGGAAUUGAACGAAUGGGCUGGAAAGAAAAAAUCAGCCAGGUGCUGGAGCCUUCGGAACUUAUGUACGCAGUUGGCCAGGGAGCGCUGGCCAUCGAGUGCAGGUCAGACGAUGAGAAAAUACUGGACUUGUUGGCCCCCCUUCACGACAGAACAACUGUACUUCGAGUGGUGGCCGAACGCUGUCUGCUGAAAAAGCUUGGGGGUGGUUGCAGCGCCCCAGUUGCAGUAAACUGCACACUCAAUGCUCAGAAUGACUCUCUUUCACUGGAGGCGGGAGUGUGGAGUUUGGACGGAAAGAAAAGUCUGAAGAGAACGAAAGAAACCACGAUCAAAAGCAACGAAGAGCCUCCUAAGAAAAUCGCCAAGGCUGACGUUUUGUUUGCUGGAAUCAAAGCGGGGAAGUUGGACGAGCACGAGCUGAGGUUGGCGCAGGAUUUGGGGAUCCAAGUUGCGGAAGACUUGAUCAAGGCAGGGGCCCUUGAAAUCAUGGACGAAGCAAGAGCCGAGAACGAGACGCCCGAGGCUAAACAAAUUGUUGAGGAUGCAAAGAAAAUGGCCAGCAGUGGCCAGGCAGAGGUGGUGAAAUCGUAACAAAUUUAGGUUAAAUUGCAGUUCGUGGUCUGGAUUGCGAAAGGUCCUCGUUGUUGUUUUGCUAUGAUUUUAUGUAGCAAAAUUCUUAAGGUGCCAAGCCCUAAAGUCUUGGGUACUUAAGAAUGCCCUUAUUUGGUGUUAAUAAAGAUAUUUUUGUUAGCUAUUUAUAAAUAAACUGUUGGAAGUUAAUA